CGCCCGCUGGCGGUUCGUUCGUGUAGAGCGGAGCUGACGAAGCUCAUGAAGCCGCUUUGAGACUCACUCCGCCCGGACACAGAGAAGCCCUGCUCAGCGGGGGUCUGGAAAAUGGGAGCGGUGAAGUGAAGUGGAAAAACGGUCAAAAGAAGAGCGCGGACACUGUGGAUGAAAGAAACCGCCCACGGUGUGUCACCACUCAACUGACCGCACAAUGUCACCCCAAGCUCGGACAACUUUAUCAGGCAUCAUGCAAGACUGUGACAUCCGCGGGGGCAGUUCAAUUAUCGAUUCAUUGAAGAACAUGAUGGCGCUCUUGCUUUGGCUUGGUCUGCCGUUCCUGGUGGCGGAUGUCUGGUCCACCUCCGUCAAGAACUGCCACCCGGGCUGCCGCUGCGAGGUGGAAAGCUUCGGCCUGUUCGACAGCUUCAGCCUGACCACGGCAGACUGUCGAGGGUUGGGCCCCGGGGCUGCCAUGCCCGUGCCCAUACCGCUGGAUACUGCUUACCUGGAUCUGUCCUCCAACGCCAUGGGCCCCCUCACAGACACCAUCCUGGCUGGGCCGGGCUACACCACCCUUGUUAGUUUGGACCUUAGCAGCAAUCAUAUUACAAUGGUAAGCCCCAAUGCUUUGUCCAAGCUGCGUUAUCUGGAGACUCUGGAUCUGAGCCACAAUGACUUGGAGGGCCUCUCGCAGGGUUGCUUCUUUGGCCUUCCUCUGGCUGAAGUAGAUCUCAGCUACAACAGCUUCCGGGACUUCAACAUGGACGUGUUUGUGUCUAAAGUAAAAGACAAACCCGUCAGCGUGGACCUAUCACACAACAAGCUGGUGUCUAUUUCCACAACACCGCACGGAAAACUUGUACACAUUCAGACCUUGAACCUGACAGCAAACCAUCUUUCGAGCGUACCAAGACUGGCGGGACUUGAGAUACUGAGAUACCUCAAUCUGGACUGCAACCCCAUUAUUGCCAUUCAAAAGGGAGACUUUGUUCACUUGACAGAUUUGGUUUACUUGUCCCUCAGCAGUCUUCAUCAGCUUCAGAAAAUUGAAGCCCACAGCUUUGAGGGCCUGCAGAGCCUCCAAGUGUUGGAUCUCUCCAACAAUCCCAAUCUGAAGACACUAAGCCUGUCUGUUUUCACCGGGCUGGACUCGCUGCAGGAGCUGAAUUUAUCUGGCUCUGGAGUGACGUCCUUACCGUGGGGCAUGCUCUCUCCCCUCCCCGCCAUAAAAAGUAUUAUGCUAGGACAGAACAUCCGCUGCUUGAGGACCCAGAAACAAGGCCAGUUUCACAGGCAGCUGGGUCAGACCCAACACUAUGAGGUACUCAACUGCAACCGCAAUGGCAUUGUGUUGUAAUCCUGAACAUACGGUCCAGUCUGUUCUUUAGUCUUUAUACCAGCACUGUGCCUUCCAAUCGCAUACAUACCUCUUCCCCAAGCUUUAAGAGGUGUCACCUUGCCUUUAAUGGAUGAUGGGCAUGAAAUGGUCACUAUGCAUCCAAAGCAUAAUGUCAUAUUAACAUUCUUCAUCUGAACACACAUUAGCAAUGUGUUUGCACUUAUUUUCCUCACAAAAAAAGUAGGCCAAAGGUUCUUUAUAGAACUGCUGAUUAUGUCACCACCACAUUAAGGCAUUAUUUUAGCCAAUUUUGAAGAUUAUUAAGGAUCUUGCUGCUGUUUUGAGUUAGAUGCUAAUCAGAAAGCAUAAGACUUCUUAGCCUAUAGUAAGUUAAAGACUGCUUAGAUAUUGACUGGAAACCAAUUCAACUGAUUUUGAAGAACCUGUCAAAUACAAAAACGACCAUUUUUGUAAGCCAACUCGUGGACACGUCCGUAUGUGCGCUUCGUUGCAUAAGGUCACCCACAUACCCUUUGACGAAGUGGCUACCUAUAUUUCAUAACAUGUGAGAGGGAAACUAUCAGGGACCGGAUUGACCACACUUCCCUUUUACUGUCUCCAUGAAAGCAUUACGUAUGAGAAAUGAACCUUUUCCUGUGGACUGAAGAAAUGGCCAGGUUCAAGACUAUUUUUGAAUGUCAACAAAA